AUGGAUAUCGACGACAUAUUACGAGAGGUCGAUCCUACAUUCGAUUCCAUCCCCGAAGACACACGCGACUUACAAGCGUUAACGCGCGCCUGGGUCGCAGAGAGGUCCUCACCCGAGCUACUCGAUUGGCCGACCGACGGCUUAUUUGAGCGCAUAAACGAGCGUAUUAAGCAGCAGAUCGAGAAAAUCGAGGAAAUGACGGGCGAUAUGGAUCCCAAGACCAACUUUGCUUUGAUCGUUAUACAGACCGAGCUUGAGAGGUAUAAGUACUUGGUGCGGAGUUACUUGAGAGCCCGUAUAGCUAAGAUCGACAAGCAUACCCUGCACUACCUUUCCAACCCCAUCAUCCGGGCUCGUCUUUCACCGCCUGAACUCGCAUAUGCGACUCGGCACCAGGCUCUUCUCCACAAUCAUUAUCUCUCCUCGUUCCUAUCGUCGUUCCCGGCAACGCUACAGAAUCUCAAUGAUACGGCUGGGAAUAUUAGCAUGAUAGACACGCCGGACCUAGAUACGGCCGUGUUUAUCCGCUUACUAGGAGAUACACGGGUGGAAGGGCGUGGGACUGAUGAGGACGGCGUGAUGGACGGCAAGAAUGGCGAUAUCGUUAUUCUGAGGUGGUCGGAUGCAAGGAAGUUGGUUGAUUCGGGCGUGGCUGAGAUAGUAUGA